UGUAAGGUUAAUGAUUUGAAGCGAACUAUUCUAUCUAACAGAAUGGGACAUGUUGCAAAUUGUUGUCUUAUUUUUAAGAUAUGUGUUUUGAUUUUGGUGUACGUGAAUGGACAGCAUUCUGUAAAUGACGGUGUAAAUUUCAAAUAUGUUCCGAAUGUGAAUCAUCUUCUAGCUGUUAGAGUCCAUCAUGACUGCUACAUGUAUAACACUACGCAACAGGAACAACACGACAUGCACGACACACUAACAAUGAUCGGCUUAGAGGCAAAAGUUUUGAAGAUGAUCGAUGAUCGUGCGACUUAUUUCAAGACAGCAUCUAAGGAUCAUUAUAAACAUGACCUCAGGCGGUUCAAUCAUUUCUGUCAACUAGGAAAUUCUACACUUUGGGUCUUUAAAGGUCACGUGUUUUGAUAUCUGGUA